AUGUUUCCUUUACAACGCGGCAAUGAGCUGGUGAUCCAGUUUUCCAGGAGUCCGGAUCCUCAGAACCACCAAAGCAAGAUCUCAGAAGAUCCGAUUCUGGAUGAUUAUGCUUCUCCUCGUGUCAGCAAUUCAGAUAAAAAAAUUGGUAACACCGCAAGAGGGAAUAUACUUUCUCAGGCUAUUAGCAAUAAUAAUAGUCCCAACGAAAACAAGAAGAAGAAGAAGAUUCACAGAGAGAUUGAGAGGCAAAGGAGGCAAGAAAUGGCUUCCCUUUAUGCUUCCCUCAGAUCCCUUCUUCCUCUUGAGUACAUCAAGGGAAAGCGAUCGAUAUCAGAUCACAUGAAUGAGGCAGUGACUUAUAUAAAGCACCUACAGAAGAAAAUUAAAGAACUUGACGAUAAGAGAGAUGAACUGAAGAAACACUCAUCAGAUAAUUCUAACUUGGAAACCCCAGAUGACGGCCAACAGAAAUGGGUAAGCUUCACUGUCCAUGAGAAUAAUGGUGUUGUGGGAAUCGAAAUUAUCAGUAACUUCAAAGAUGAAAGGUUCUUACUCUCAAAGUUGCUGGAAUUACUGCUUGAAGAAGGACUUGAAGUUGUUACUUGUCUCUUUACCCAAGUCAAUGGUAGAAUACUUCAUAGUCUCCACUGUGAGGUUAACCGUUCCAAUAGUGUAGAUCUAUCUGAGCUGAGAAAGAAAAUUGCAAGUUUCAUUUCUUAGAGAUGUUCAGGUUAUGAAUGAAGAGCCACACACACACACACACACACACACAGCUUUUAGCUUUUAUCCUUUUCUAACUGGAUGAUUAGCCAAGUUGGGUGAGUUUAUGUACAAAUUUCCCGCUGUCUGUUGUAUACCUUAAUUUUUUUCACAUAUAAUGAGGGAAGGAAAAGGAAUGCAUGAGCACAGAAACAUUUUAAUAAUUUCUUAAUUUGUCCUUCCCCUUGCCAUCAUCGGUGCUUUGCUCUUGUAAAUUUGCUGGUCUGCAAUACUUCACAGUACAGCGGUUAUUGAAGUAUUGUUUAACAAUUUAGGUUUUCAUGGUUUCUUUGUAAGUAUAAAUGAUGAAUUUCAGUUAAUUGAU